AGUGUUGUUGCGGAAGUGCCUGUACACCGCUCUUGGUUGCUCUGUACUCUUGAUAGUCACAGUCAUUCUUUAAAGCAAAUCUUCCUGUAUGGUGUUUUGUUUUGUAGUCACAGUUUAUUUAAAGUUAUGGCGGCUCUUAAAUACGCAGGUAUGGACGAUACAGACAGUGAGGAUGAAUUACCUCCCGGCUGGGAAGAGAGGUCUACUAAAGAUGGUUGGGUCUACUAUGCAAACCAUGAUGAAAUGAAGACCCAAUGGGAACACCCAAAGACGGGAAAGAAAAAGCGAUGUGCUGGAGAUUUACCGUAUGGUUGGGAGCAAGAAACUGAUGAAAAAGGACAGAUCAUCUAUGUUGACCACAUCAACAAGCGCACCACAUACUUUGACCCCCGGCAGGCUUUCACAGUGGAGGACGUGUCGGUGAAGCCGAAACGUUACGACGGAAACACCGCUGCUCUGGAGAUCCUGCAGGGUCGUGACCUCUCUGACAAGGUCGUCCUCAUUACUGGAGGCAACUCUGGCAUUGGCUUUGAGACGGCCAGGACUUUCGCUCUCCACGGCGCCCAUGUGAUCCUGGCGUGUCGAAAUCUGUCCCGGGCCAGCAAGGCGGCGAGCCUCAUACAGGAGGAGUGG